UUAUUUCUAAAUAACUUUAAUUUAUACCUAUGAUUUAUUUUCUAGUUGCAUACAUCAUUUUUAAAAAAUGUCUAAUUGCACAAUUAUUGCCAACUUUAUAUCUUGGAAUCUAUUAGCUGAAAAUAUAGAAAAUCAUUUACCUAUUGAAAUGAAGAUACACUUGUCAUCGGUAGAAAGCAAUUUAAAAACAUCCAUUGAAGAUAAAAUGAUUCCAUCGAUAAAAUGGAUAAAAAAUUCGUUAAUAGUAGUUGAAGCUUGUAUGGAUAAAACGUGGGAAGUACUAAAUUCUGGUCACUGGCAAUUUGUUCCAAUUGAAUAUCGAUACUGUUACACAUUAUGUACUAUCUUAAAGGCAGUUCUACUGGAGCUUCAGCACAAUAAUGAUACUAAACAAUUUACAAAGAAUACAAUUUUGUUGAGGAACAUUAUUCAGCAGAUUGAUAAAGGUAUUCUAUUAGGAGCACCGCUUCCAAAUGUAACUGAUUUAUUACCAAAAGUUGCUUCAACGUUGAAUAGUUGUAUCACAGAGUCAUUGGGAGAGUUAGAUGUAGAAGAAUUAAUUAUUGAUUCUGAAAGUUUAUAUAAUUUUGUAUUGCCGGGAUUUACUGAAAUUGUUCAGUAUGUUGAACCUUCGAUGGAAUUAUUUUACACAAAAAUAUUUAUGCCAAAAGUACCAGCAAUAAUGAAAGGAUGUAUCAAACAUUGGAAAGCUCUAGAACAGUGGAAAGAUCUAAAGUAUUUAAUUAGCGUAGCUGGAAGUAGAACGGUUCCUAUUGAAAUUGGUUCACGUUAUACCGAUGAAAAUUGGUCACAGCAGCUUCUUAGUUUUUCAGAAUUUCUACAAAAAUAUGUAUUAACGAAAGGUGACCAAGUUGGUUACUUAGCUCAACAUCAAUUAUUUGAACAGAUUCCUGAAUUGAAAGAUGAUUUUACAAUUCCUGAAUAUUGUAACUUUACAGACAAUGAUGAUGUGGAACAACCAGAUAUAAAUGCUUGGUUUGGACCUAGCGGAACUGUUUCACCUCUACAUUUCGAUCCUAAAAAUAAUCUUUUGUGCCAAAUAUUUGGACACAAACGGGUCAUUUUAUAUCACCCAAAUGAUUCAUCUAAUUUGUAUCCAUAUGAUACAAGAUUAUUGAAUAACACUGCACAAGUUGAUCCUUUGAAUCCAAAUUAUGAGAAAUGGCCUAAUUUUAGCAAAGCUAAAGGUUUGAUGACCUAUUUGAGACCUGGAGAAAUACUUUACAUUCCUCCAAAAUGGUGGCAUCAUGUAACUUCUUUGACUCCAAGCUUUUCGAUUAGUUUCUGGUGGAGUUAAGUACGAAAGAAUAUAUUUAUAAAUUAUUAACGUGCUUGUAAUGCUCCCCAUGUACAAUGAUUUACUAUAGUAUUUGAAAGUUUUAAUAAAUA